AUGUUAAACUUCACCGGUCAAACAAGGAGAAGAAAUGUCAAUUUAGGGAAUAGGACUCGAAAUUCAAAGAAGGAUUUACUGGAAAAGGCCAAAAGGGAACGUGAAAGGAGAGCACAAGAUAAGCUCAAAGAAGACGCCAGUAAAACCAUUCAAAAAAGCAUCAGAAGACAUUUUUCAAAUGUGAGACUCUUCAAAAACACAUUUACUAGUUCGCAACUUGUUCAUAUGAUACCAGCUUACGGGGGCAAAUUAAUCUAUUACAUUUCUCAAUAUGAUCUGCAGCAACUGCUAAAAUUAUCUCAUAAUUUUUUGAGUUCUUAUCCUAAUUCUUUAGGCAACAGACAGCUAUUGAGCUUGUUGAAGCUAUAUCAAGAUGAUGCACUGGUGGCUGAAACUCUAAGCGAUCUUAACAUGGACUGCCCUACAGUUGACGAAUUUUUAGAUAGUCUAUCCGUUUAUCUCUGUCGGGCUUCCUUUUUGAGUUAUUCCUCAGCUUCUAAGCUAGCUGAUGUCAUAGAAGCAUGGGAAGUAAUGCAUAGCAGUGCCUCCAUUAGUAUUUUUUCGAUAUCGAUAGGAUCUUACGAAAAACGGCCAUUUGCACUACAGUUUUAUUGCAUACUUGCCGAAAGAAACCUUUUGCCCCAACUUAUCAACACAAAUCCGAUAUUAUGGGAUAACAUGGCAAAGACAUAUUCACACUGUAGUAAAGGUGGCCAAAAAAAUAUCGCCAAGCUACUCAUACCAAACUUCAACAAUCAUAUUGCUCCAUCAGUCUUGCGUAGUGAUAACGACUAUGUCUUGAAAUUUUAUGAAAAGGCAUUUAUAGACGAAGUUAUUGCUACUACUGCAAAUUACGUUUCUGAUGAAGAUCACGUGAAGAAUUUGAUGUGCUACAUUGCAAGCUCUCCCAAUCAAAGCUGUAAGAAUUCUGUCCUUAUUACCUUACUGUCUAACAAAGACUUCGUGAGAAGGCUCUCAUGGGAAUUCUUUCACACUAAAUUCAACGCCAGCAAGACUGAGGCUCACCCCCUGUUUUCAGUUUUGGCACAGCUUAUCGACAUGCACCUUUUAAUAUCGACAGAUCGGGAGUUAUUAGACUACAACUCUGUGAUACCUAUCGAAGAACUAAAGAAAUUUACAUCCACGUUAAAAGAUUUUACUUUCCGACAAUAUUGGGAACUACCUAAAAGUGAAAGGAACCCUAUGUUAAAGGAAGCAGUACCACUUUUGAGCAAAGUCUACGAAAGGGACUCAAGAUUGCACUUUCUAUCCACGGAGAAUAAUCCAACCUAUUGGGAAAACUCUGAAAAGCAAUUUUUAAAUUUGAGAUUUUACGAAGAAUUACAGGAGUACGAAGAUCUGUAUAGAGAACACUUAGAAGAGGAAAGUGAUGAGGAUAUGGAAAAGGAAAUAGAUCUUGAUAAAGAAAGGCCUCCUUUGAAGUCUUUAUUAUUGAACAAAAUGAAAAAGAGAUUAAAGUCAUCAUUACGUUUCCGAAAGUUGGAAAUACUUUUGGAAUUACCAUUUUUUAUUCCUUUUGAAGAAAGGGUGGACUUAUUUUAUAUGUUCAUCGCACUGGACAAGAAGCGAUUAUCUUUAGAUGACGAUCACAACUUGAUCAAUAUGUUUACCCCCUGGGCCUCCACCGGUAUGAGGAAGCAAUCCGCUAUCAUCUCUAGGGAUAAUGUCUUAGAAGAUGCUUUCAACGCAUUUAACUCUAUAGGAGAAAGGUUCAAAGCUUCAUUAGAUGUUACUUUUAUUAAUGAAUUUGGUGAAGAAGCUGGUAUUGAUGGGGGCGGCAUUACCAAGGAAUUUUUAACUACUGUGUCUGAUGAAGGAUUUAAAGAUCCAAAGCACGAGUUAUUUCGGACGAAUGAUCGCUACGAAUUAUAUCCUUCUGUUGUUUAUGACGCUACGAAACUUAAGUAUAUAUGGUUUCUGGGAAAGGUUGUAGGCAAAUGUCUAUAUGAGCAUGUUUUGAUAGAUGUAUCUUUUGCUGAUUUCUUUUUGAAAAAAUUAUUGAAUUACUCGAACGGGUUUUUAUCUUCUUUUUCUGAUCUGGGAAGCUAUGAUUCGGUGUUGUAUAAUAAUUUGAUCAAAUUAUUGAACAUGACCACUGACGAGAUCAAGUCUUUAGAUUUAACCUUUGAAAUAGAUGAGCCUGAAAGUUCCGCAAAAGUUGUUGACUUAAUUCCGAAUGGUUCAAAAACGUACGUGACGAAGGAUAAUGUGUUGCUCUACGUUACUAAAGUAACGGAUUACAAAUUAAACAAAAGAUGCUUCAAACCAGUUUCGGCAUUCCAUGGAGGGCUCAGUGUUAUCAUUGCCCCACAUUGGAUGGAGAUGUUUAACUCUAUAGAACUACAAAUGUUAAUAUCAGGUGAGAGAGAUAAUAUCGAUUUAGACGAUCUGAAAUCUAACACAGAAUACGGGGGUUAUAAAGAAGAAGAUCAGACAAUUGUUGAUUUUUGGGAGGUUUUGAAUGAGUUUAAGUUUGAAGAGAAAUUGAAUUUUUUGAAAUUUGUCACGUCCGUUCCGCAAGCUCCUCUGCAAGGCUUCAAGGCAUUAGAUCCAAAAUUUGGUAUCAGAAAUGCAGGGACAGAGAAAUACAGGCUGCCUACGGCAUCUACCUGUGUUAAUUUAUUAAAAUUGCCAGAUUAUAGAAACAAAACAAUUUUGAGAGAGAAAUUAUUAUAUGCAAUAAACUCAGGCGCCAGGUUUGACUUAUCAUAA